GUAGAGUUAGAGCUAAAUCCGCGGAGUUCCGAACGCAUUCUGGUCAGCGCUCCCUCAGAAGGAAGGCAACGCAACCCACGCGUCACAGCCCUUGGAUCCAUUCCAUCGGCAGCCAACAAACGAAAGGCAACGAGGAGCCGCCGAUACAACCGACAACCAGCAACACCCGUAGUUGAGCUGUUGAAGAGGAGAGUGAACCAUGGCUGAAGAUCCAGUGGACCCAAUGCCCAAGAUUAGGGAGGCAUGUUUGCCAACUUGCCCCAAGCAAAAUACUCUGUACGAAGCCUGCAAGAGUCGUAUUGCGAAAUCAGGCGAAGGGGACUGUGAGGCGUGGUACUUUGAAUUGCAUCAUUGUGUCGACAAGUGCGUUGCUCCCAAAGUCUUUGCUGCCACCAAGGGAGGCUAAGCUCCAAAUAGUAUUAUGAAAUCGUUGAUUGAUUGAAUAUUAUUUUCCCCUCUGUUCUGGUUGCCUUUUCGGCUAGCUAGAAUAAGCAGAGAAAUGGUGUGUGGUGGUCAUGUAGUUCUUGGCAUGGCAAUGGUUAAAAUAGUAAAAAAUAGAAUCCAUUUGAUCUAUUGACACAAACCAAAUAAAAACUCUUUCGUAGU